AUGCUGAUCAAAGGGCGAAAGCCUUUGGAAUUUGAAGAAAGGGAGCAUGUCUUUCUGAAAGUUACACCAACCACCGGAGUGGGAAGAGCUAUAAAGACCAAGAAACUGAAUCCCCGUUAUAUUGGACCAUUUGAAAUCCUGAAAAGAAUUGGGCCAGUAGCUUAUAGAAUUGCUUUACUGCCUUAUCUUUCGAACUUGCACGACGUGUUCCAUGUAUCACAGCUUCGGAAGUAUACUCCUGACACGAGUCAUGUUCUGGAACCGGAACCAAUCCAAGUAAGAGAAGAUCUAACAUUUCCAGUAAUUCCGGUAAGAAUUGACGACACAAGCGUUAAACGAUUACGCGGGAAGGAAGUAUCAUUGGUAAAGGUAGCUUGGAGUAGAGAUGCUAUUGAGGAAUACACUUGGGAAAUCGAAUGA